AUGCACAAUGCAAAUAUCACCGACUUCACACCUCUCGCACCUGGUCACUUCAUUGCUGUUCUGAAACCGGGAGAACAGAAAGAUCAACCCGAGAUCUUACUGGGUGAAGUUCUGACUAUCACAACACAAUGGGAUCCGCACCCGUGUACAGUGAUUCUGGACCUUCUGGGCAUGCAACCAAUCAGUAUGCUUUCCAAGAUUCACGCUACUCACGCCGCCGUACAGCUUCUUAUCAAAGCCCGCCAUGGGGGAGGGCCGGUGGUUGCAGAUGCAUUGCCAAACGGCACUGAUGAUGCAGAAGAUUUGGGGGCAGAGGGCGUCGACGGCAAAGAGGAUACCUUCAGCAGUGACGAAGAUAUCUAA